CAUCCAUACACGACGGACAUAGUUCCAUCAAUAACAUCUACAGCCGUCCUCUGAUUUAUUUAUUUUGCUCCAGCAUUAUGUCGUUUUUUUUAUUACCUAGAUAGAUAGCUAUUAACUUAGUUGUACAACUACAAUCCGUAUUUUCGUUGGUGGAAAGGAACCAUACAGUACGGGUGCUAUAUGGUGUGAAAAUCUGACUUUAUUUUAGACUAAUUUGUUAGCUAACUAUGUUUGAUAGCUAAUCUGGCUAGCAAACUAAACUAACAUUAGCUUGGGUUAACGGCAGCAAAUCGACGCGCCUCAGUCUCAUUUGGUCCCAGAACUCACACAGGGCUGAACCAGAGAUGAAGAUGUUCUCAGUCUCCCACAAGACGGCCUUCGUGGUCGACCACUGCCCUUACAUGGCAGAGUCCUGUCGGCAGCAGGUGGAGUGUGACGUGCUGACAAAAAGCCGUGGUCAGGGCAUGAUCCCGCUGGCCCCAGUGUCCAAGUCCCUGUGGACCUGUGCUGUGGAGUGCUCCAUGGAGUACUGCCGCAUCCUCUACGACGUUUACCCCCUCAAGAAACUGAUCAACUACAUUGUGAGUGAUUCAGAGUUCCAUAUUCUGAACAGCUGGAGGCAAGAGGACCAAAGCACUCAUGAGCUCAUGUCUGCUCUGGCAGCUGUGGGUCCACCUAACCCGCAGGAGGACCCUGAGUGUUGCAGCGUCCUGCACGGCCUGGUGGCAGCGGUGGAGUCACUGUGUAAGAUCACUGAGUACCAGCACGAGGCACGCACCACCCUCAUGGACACUGCUGACAGGGUGGCCAACAGGGGGCGCAUUAUCUGCCUCACAAACGCCAAGAGUGACACCCAUGUGCGAAUGCUGGAGGAUUGUGUGCAAGAGACCAUUCUAGAGCAAAACAAGAUGGCAGCAGGCUCAGACAGACUGAUGCCUAUCCAGCAGUGUGAGCUGGUGCUCGUCCACAUCUUCCCUCAAGGAGAGGACACCCUGGUCUCAGACCGGCCAAAGAAAGAGGUCUCCUCUCUGCUGACCAGCGAGGUUCACAGUGUGCGGGCAGGGAGGCACCUGGCCACCAAACUCAACAUUCUAGUGCAGCAGCACUUUGACCUUGCCUCCACCACCAUCACCAACAUCCCAAUGAAGGAGGAGCAGCAUGCCAACACGUCGGCCAAUUACGACGUAGAACUCCUGCAUCACAGGGACGCCCAUCUUGAGUUCUUCAAAAGUGGCGACCUGCACAUGGCUGGUAGUACGAGUCGAGACAGUGGACUUAAGGAGACGGUUACUCUUAAGUGGUGCACUCCUCGCACCAACAGUGUAGGUGGCUCAGAACUGCACUACUGCACUGGAGCCUAUCGGAUCUCGCCUACGGAUGUCAACAGCCGACCCUCAUCGUGUUUGACCAACUUCUUGCUGAACGGUCGCUCAGUGCUGCUGGAGCAGCCCAGGAAGUCUGGGUCAAAGGUCAUCAGCCACAUGCUGAGCAGCCACGGCGGGGAGAUCUUCCUGCACGUGCUCAAUAGCACCCGCUCCACCCUGGAGGACCCUCCCUCCAUUAGCGAGGGCUGCGGGGGCCGGGUGACUGACUACCGCAUCACUGACUUUGGAGAGUUCAUGAGGGAGAACCGUCUGACUCCUGUCCCAGAGUCCCCAGACACUGAGGCUAGUGGGAAGCCCCCGGCGGAGAGGGCCAAAGCCCAGCUGGAGCGUUACACUCGCUAUUGGCCAAUGAUCAUUUCCCAGACCACCAUCUUCAACAUGCAGGCGGUGGUUCCGCUGGCUAACCUCAUAGUGAAGGAGAGUCUGAGUGAGGAGGACUUGCUGACCUGCCAGAAGACCGUUUACAACCUGGUGGAUAUGGAGAGGAAGAACGACCCUCUUCCCAUCUCCACUGUGGGCUCCAGGGGAAAGGGCCCUAAAAGGGAUGAGCAGUACCGCAUCAUGUGGAACGAGCUGGAGACUCUGGUGAAGACCCACGUGGCUGGCAGUGAGCGACACCAGAGGGUUCUGGACUGCAUCAUCGCCUGCCGCAGCAAACCCCCCGAGGAGGAGGAGAGGAAGAAACGGGGGAGGAAGAGGGAGGACAAGGAGGACAAGGCAGAGAAGAGCAUCAACAAGGAUUCAGAGGACAAGAGCUGGCAGGAGUCAGAGAGGCUGAAGGGGGUGGUAGAGCGUGUAAAGGAGGAGCAGGGGGAGUCGGAGGUCAUAAAGGAUUCUCCUGACUCGCCAGAGCCUCUCAACAAGAAGCCCCGUCUGGAAGAGAUUCAACUACCUGAAAAAGCCAAAGGUCCGGUGUCCCUGCUCACCAUGUGGACUAACAGAAUCACUGUGGCCAACUCCAGGAAACACCAGGAGUUUGCCGGAAGGAUCAGCUCUGUGAACAACAAGGCAGAGUUAUACCAGCACCUUAAAGAUGAGAAUGGAAUGGACCUCCACGAGAAUGGGAAAGCCACCAGAUGAUGUGACCUGUCUCUAUACAGGAUGCACCCACUCCACCUUACCACAGCAGGAAUAUGAGCUUGGACCAGAGAUCAUGUCAAUCUGAGGUGUAUGGACUGUCCUCCCCUACUCUGUCCAUACCAGGCAUAGUUGAAUGGAUAGCAGUCAGACUUUGUAAUUUUUAGAGUGAUUUUUGUUCGUUUUCUACCCACGUUUGUAUGGAUAGGCUCACAUAUUGUGUGAAGCAAUAAAGUUGUCAACAGGCAGUA